GGAGAGAGAGAGGCUAAGCUGACUACAGCUGUGGGGCCCUUCAGCCCGCCCAGGGGCAAGACCCAGGUGAGGCCUGGACAGGUGUGUAGCGUGGCCGGCUUGGGGAAAGUCUCAAUGGGCAUUUUAGCAACCACUCUGCAGGAAGUGAAGCUGACCGUGCAGAAGGAUGAGAUGUGUGAUUCCUGCCUCCUUGGCUAUUACAACGGGGCCACGCAGAUUUGUGUAGGGGAAGCAAAGAAGAUUAAGACUGGCUCUGAGGGGGACUCUGGGGGCCCCCUUGUCUGUGAAAAUGUGCUCCAGGGCAUUUCCUCCUAUGGACAAGAGAGUGAGACCCCUCCAGGAGUCUUCAUGAAGGUGUCACCCUACCUUCCCUGGAUAAAGAGAAUAAUGAAGCGCUGCUCAUAGCAGGUGUGAGGCUGACCUUCCUCUGUGCCUGACCAUCUUUCCUGGGGCAGAGACAGGACUCCCAUGGGGCGGGCAGUGGGACUGAGGGGCCGUAAUAAAUGGAUCUCUAGCGAG